AAACCGCUUCGCACACACACACACCAACACAAACGUCUUCUGGCACAACGCUUCCCUGAGGCCACACUGCAUCCCGGUCAACCCCAGCCCAUUAGACAGCCCUUUCCGAACGGUUGGCACCACUAGAUGCCAGUGGAAAACCCCGUGUUGAUCUUUGUCCCGAUCCGGCACCUGCCCGAUCCGGCGCCGCCGCCCUCCCAGGUCGCGGUUCGACUCCCGCUCCCCGCUCCUGCCCUCCCGCCACCGCGUCCGCCAAUCCCCGCCGGCCCGGCUCUUUCUUUUCCCGCCCCCACGUGUUCUGUGCCACCGCCUGGCCAGCCCGCCUUUUCUCGGCUCUUUGUCCAACGGGGCUGGCAAGACGCUGUGCCUCGUUCGCAGCCCCCGCCAGCGCAGCGCCCGCUGUCAGACGAGCAACGGGGGCUGAGGGCCUAGAACAAUAGCGCGGCGAGAAGUGCAGUAGAAGUGUAUUCUGGCGCCUCGGGGGCUAUCUAGCGAUGAAGGGGAAGGCAGAACGGUUCAGAAGGACACGACGAGGACGACAGGAGGGUGGUGGAGCGGUGGAAGAGGUCGGGGAACGAGUGAGCAGCA